AUGUGUCAUAACCCCAGCGAAGUAGUGGUUGCAGAUUUUGGGCUGGCUAAACUCGUGGACUACAGGGAUACUCAUGUUACCACGGCUGUACAUGGAACACUUGGGCAUAUUGCCCCAGAGUACCUCUUCACUGGAAGGUCUUUGGAGAAGACUGAUGUUUACGGAUAUGGGAUCAUGCUUCUUGAGCUCAUCACUGGGCAGAGGGCUUUUGAUCUUGCCCGUUUGGCCAGCAAUGAGAAUGUUAUGUUGACUUCAAGCGAUGCAUUUUCUUAAGUAGUUCUUUGAGUUCUUGAAGUCCUUUUGCCACAUGUUGGGUGUUGGGGUUUUCAAUUAUUACUUCCAGGUAACUGGCUGGGGUGCAGGGUACUCAGAGAGCACAUGCCAGUGGACUCUUUUCAGUUUUUCACAUAAAUCAAAUGAUAAAUUUUGACUUUGUAACAUUCAAGUGUUUUUCCUAACACUUGUCAUAGGUAAACGCAUCCAUGCUUACAAGAUAAUGUGAUGUACAACUUGGUGGAUCUCUCAGGCUG